CGCUUCCCUUUCGAGUGUCGGUUAUCUGAGGGAAACUUGUGGAGACCCCAGCGGCUUGAGCUCUGCCCUGCGCCCUGAGCGCGCAGUGCUUUUAAGUGAAGCAGUUGUCCCAGCCCGAAAAAUUUGGGCCGUUCUGGCCUGGGGAUUUAGCUCAGUGGUUCCGUCGCCUGCCUCGCAAACGCAAGGACCCGAGUUCGAUCCUCGGUACCAAAAAAAAAAGGUUUUGGGCCGCUCUGCCAGCAGCAGUCUCCGGAAGGAGCUUGGGUUUAUAUUGAUUUUUCUUAUGUUCGGUCCGUGGAAGGUGUUGGCAUUUUACGUUUGAGGACAAUUUAAAUUACUUUCUUUGAGAAAUCCUAUCUUUCUCUCCAGGUGCUCAUAUCCUUGUUUUCCAUGACAGAUUUUGACGACAAUAUAUACAAAAUAUACAUAAAGAUGAUUACUAAUAUAGUAAUAUUGAGCUUGAUCAUUUGCAUUUCCUUAGUUUUCUGGAUAAUGUCAAUGACUGCUAGCACUUAUUACGGUAACAUACGGCCUAUUUCUCCUUGGCGUUGGCUGUUUUCUGUUGUUGUUCCUGUUUUGAUUGCCUAUAAUGGCUUUAAAAAGAAAAGUCUAGAUCACAGUGGGGCAUUGGGAGGGUUAGUGGUUGGAUUCAUCCUAACCAUUGCAAAUUUCAGCUUUUUUACCUCUUUGCUGAUUUUUUUUCUUUCUUCUUCAAAACUCACUAAAUGGAAGGGACAAGCAAAGAAGCAUAUAGAUUCAGAAUAUAAGGAAGGAGGGCAAAGAAAUUGGGUUCAGGUGUUCUGCAAUGGAGCUGUGCCCACAGAGCUAGCCCUGCUCUACAUGAUAGAAAACGGCCCUGGAGAGAUGCCGAUCGACUUUUCGAAGCAGCAUACUGCUUCCUGGAUGUGUUUGUCUCUCUUGGCUGCACUGGCCUGCUCUGCUGGAGACACCUGGGCUUCAGAAGUUGCCCCAGUUCUGAGUAAAAGCCAGCCAAGGCUGAUUACAACCUGGGAGAGAGUUCCAGUUGGAACCAAUGGAGGGGUUACAAUGGUGGGACUUGCUUCCAGUCUCCUUGGUGGAACCUUUGUGGGCAUUGCAUACUUCCUCACACAGCUGAUUUUUGUGAAUGAUUUAGACAUUUCUGCUCCUCAGUGGCCAAUUAUUGUAUUUGGGGGUCUAGCUGGAUUACUAGGAUCAAUUGUGGACUCAUAUUUAGGUGCGACAAUGCAGUUUUCUGGUUUGGAUGAAAGCACUGGCAUGGUGGUCAGCAGCCCAUUGAACACAGCAAAGCACAUAGCAGGAAAACCUAUUCUUGAUAACAAUGCAGUGAAUCUGUUUUCUUCUAUCCUUGUUGCCCUCCUCCUCCCAACAGCUGCUUGUGGUUUUUGGCCCAGAGAGUGAACUUUAUUUAAUUUCCACAGGUUAGAAUUGAUUGAGUCCAGCUAAAUGUGCUGUUCUAAGUUUUAUCCUAAGAAUAACAAUUGUAAUGCCAAAAUGUAAAUGUCAGCUCCUCUCAUAUUUCAUUGUAAAGGAAUUACACAUUUUUUCUUUCAUCAACUCCUUUUAACAGCUAAUAUCUUUCUAGUAAGAGACAAGUGCAUAAAACUUAUGCGUAUUUUUCUCCUACUGACUGUAGCUUCGUAAACAGUGGAGAUAUAUUUUUCCUAUAUUUUGUUGUACAUUGAACUAAAAUAUCUACAUGGUAAAUGUAAGACUGGUUUUUCUUUUGUAAACCAGAGUAAAGACUAAAAGUGAUGAUAUGUUAAAGUGAUUGUCAGUUGUAGCAGAGAAAAACCACUGCAUCAGUUACUCCGGUGCUAUAUCUGUUCCGGGUGGCUUUAAGACAAGCUGGUGUGUGUGGAAGCUUAAGUAAGUGUAGUAUCCUGGAUUUUUAUGACCUUGCCACUCAUAUUUUUGAAAAGUGCAGAAGUUGGUCCCUAGUGAAUUGUAUGGUUUACUCUGCAUUUUUCUUCCUUCUUCCAGAUUAGUGAUGGAAAAAGGUAAAUGUCUUUUUUUAUAUGACCAUUACAAAGUGUGAAAAAAUUAUGUGUUAAAAAAGCUAAAUUUUGGGGCCAGGGAUUUGGCUCAGUGGUUUCGCUGCCUGCUGCACAAGCUCAAGGACCCAAGUUCAAUCCCCGGUACCAAAAAAAAAAAAAAGCCAAAUUUUAUCUGAACAAUGUGUACCUUAAUACACUAUUUUGAAUUCAUCUACAGUGUGUUUUGUAGUUUUCUUUGAAAUAUACAUAGAAAUUUGUUUUAGCUUUGGUAAUCUGAACAGUAACCAGAGAGUCGCUGGAAGCUUAUUUUCAUUAUGUUUUUUUUUUUUUUUCCCUGUACCAGGGAUCGAAUUCAGGACCUUGGUGCUUGCAAGGCAGGCACAGCACCACUGAGCUAAAUCCCUGGCCCAAUUUUUUUAAGUCACUGGAAAGUACUGUGAUUUCCUUUUAUGAACCUUUUAACUUGUGCUCACCUUUACAUUCAUUAUAGCCUCAACCAAAGUGAAUUCUGUUUUCUGUCUUUGUUCUUCACUAUGACUUAACUGUGUUCUGCAAAAGUUUUGACAUGGAGAAGAUUAUUUUACUAAAUGUAUUUUUAAAUGUU